UCUGAAAUGCUCCCUUUCAAAGACCUGAGUAUAUUCCAACUUCCCUUUCUCUUUUUCAUUAUCAUGAUGAUAUAAUGAAAAGUUUUCAGUACUUUUGUUCCCUCAUGAUUUUGAUCUUGCUUAGCCUUGGUACUUUUGAAAUCAUUAGGCAAAUAGAAGUUUAAGACCAUGGGGGCACAUUCUUCCUACUAUAUCCUCGGCCAUUUACUAUUCAUGUUUUUGUCCCUAUUUCAUCAGUUAUCACACUGCCAACAACCAUACCUCAACUACACAUGCUACAUGCAGGGUCCCAUGGCUAACAAAUCUGAAGGAUACCUAUGUAAUGACCAGACAGAGUUCUCAUGUGAGUCCUUUGUCACAUUCAGAUCCCGAGCACCUUACAACAACGCCACCAGCAUCGCUCGUCUCCUCGGAUCUGAAGCCUCUGAAAUUGCUUCCCUUAACAAUAUCUUGCCGGAUGACAUGAUCACUGCCAACAAGUUAAUCAUAGUUCCGCUUUCUUGCGCUUGUCCAGUUAAUUUCUUCCAGCAUUUCACCACUUAUGUUGUCGAAGUAGGUGAUACGUAUUACACUAUAUCCAAUCAAACUUACCAAGGCUUGACCACAUGCCAGGCAAUCCAAAGUCAGAAUCCGAACUAUGUUCCGACCAAUAUUAGCCUGGUAACCGAGUUCGUCGUUCGCGUUAGAUGUGCCUGUCCAAGCAAGAACCAAGUAGCUAAUGAGGUGACUUCCCUGUUGACCUAUGGGGUCGAAAAUGGCGAUACAGCUGAUUCUAUUGGGCGGAUGUUCGGGGUAAACAGACAGAGUAUACUUGAGGCAAAUAUGUUGUCUCAAGACACGGAUAUCGUACCUGCUACGCCUAUAUUGGUUCCGCUGACAAACGAAACCUGUUCUGUAAAUCCCAGGUUAUUCUUCUGCAAAUGUUCGACUAAUGGUCAUCCCACCAAUAAGAGCUUAGAAGGUUCUAAUUGCGUUCCUGAUAAUGGCAAAAGUUUUUCACUCAAGUCGGUUGCUUUAUUAGGUGUUGGAAUUGGAUUUGGACUCUUGUGCAUGUUCCUUUCAAGUUACAAGUUGCAUCAAUGGCUGAAGGAAAGGAGAAUAAGAAUAAGAAAAGAAGGUUUUUUCAAGCAAAACGGUGGCAUUUUGCUGCAAGAAAAGUUGUCAUCUGAUGGAAGCAGUGAGAAAGCAAAACUCUUCACUGCAGAGGAGCUGCAAAGAGCAACUGACAACUAUAAUCAGAACCGGUUUCUUGGUCAGGGAGGCUCUGGCACAGUUUUCAAAGGAAUGUUGCCUGAUGGCAGUGUAGUUGCCAUCAAAAGGUCAAUAGCAAUCGGCAGAAAUCAGAUCGAGCAAUUCGUUAAUGAAGUUGUCAUUCUAUCGCAAAUUAACCAUCGAAACAUUGUGAAAUUACUCGGUUUUUGUUUGGAGACCGAGGCUCCCUUGCUAGUGUAUGAAUUUAUUUCUAAUGGAACUCUGUACCGUCACAUCCGCCAAAAAGACCCUGAAUCGCUACUUUCGUGGGAGAGGCGAUUCGGCAUUGUUUGUGACGUUGCAGGAGCUUUGGCAUACAUGCAUUCCGCAGCCUCAACGCCUAUCUUUCAUAGGGACAUCAAAUCUUCCAACAUACUUUUAGAUGACAAGUACAACGCAAAAAUCGCCGAUUUUGGGACUUCAAGAUCGGUCCCAAAUGACAAGACUCACUUAACCACAGCAGUGCAAGGAACAUUGGGGUACAUGGAUCCGGAGUACUUCCAAUCAAGCCAAUUCACGGACAAAAGUGAUGUUUAUAGCUUCGGAGUUAUGCUUGUGGAGAUCCUAACCGGAGAAAACCCAUUUUCCUUUGCUGAAGAUCAUGAAGGGAAGAGCCUGAUUACAACUUUCAUUUCAUUGACAAAGGAAAAUCAACUUUUGCAAAUUUUAGAUCCGCAGGUGGCUAAGGAUCCAGGGGAGGAACUGGAAGAUGUUCAGGCCAUUGCAGAGCUGGCAACAAGAUGUUUGAGAUUGAACGGGAAGAAGAGGCCGACAAUGAAGCGAGUAUCAAUGGAGUUGGAAAAUUUGAGAAAGAGCCAAAGAAUCUUGGAAAUGGACCAAGACCUCCAGUCCUUCAGAGGUGAAGAAUCAUAUAUGAAUGGAAGCCCCAAUACCACACAAGAAUCUGUGGAGUUCAGAGCUGAUAGUUUCUCGGAGACUGAAAGCCCUCUCACCGGUGACGGAGCUUCUUUUCCGACGAUCGCCAUGGGAGAUGCUGCGCCGACAACUUCUUCUUCUUCUUGGUUUGUUCCAGUUACUUUCUCGCAUCCUGUUGUGUCGAAGCUAGAAAACAACAAUUUCUUGGUUUGGCGGCGACAGAUUCUUGCAACUGUUCGCGGUCAUCGCCUCUAA